AUGACCGCAACUCGAAACUCUGGCCCUGACCCUGCCCCUGGCUUUCCGAACCAUUUCCCCUUGGAGAUUCGCCAAACCAUCUACAACUUCGCGCUGCCUCGAGUGGAAUGGACAAUGGUAGACGACGAAUAUUUCGAACACAAUGACUUCCCUCACGGUAUAGGGGACCCCAGCGGCUUCUACUACCCAUUGAGAAAAGCGUCAUCGGUUCUUCGGGUCAACAAGCAGAUACGCAGAGAAGCGCUGCCCUUCGCCUAUCGCCGCACCACAUUUUGCCUACAUAACCUCGAAAGCGCUAUCAAGCGCUAUCAAGUUCCUCAUUACAGCUAG